UCGAUUAGUCUACGUACCUACCGUGAGCAGGCGGGAGAUUACAGUUAUCAUCCAAUUGAUAACCUCGUAUCAGUUUAUUACACACCCUAAACGUGAAGUUACCGGGUGCGUCUUCUUGCCAAAAUGAGCGCCUUAUUGCAUAUCAAUGAGAAUAGAGUGCUCCAGCUUUUGGAUUGGGACAAAGUGUUUCACGUUAUCGAGGGAGCGCUCGAGUCCGUUGCAAGUAACCACGUAAUCCAGUCCGCCCGUUCCGUAAUCGACCUCAAGGAGACGAACUUCAUGUUUGUAAUGCCCGGGAAAUUGAGGGAUGACAACGGCGAAACGCUCGGAUGUAAAAUUGCGUGCCACUUCCCGGGCAACACCACUCUGCCGCCCCUAAUGGCGAACAUUUUGCUAAUGGACGCGUUAACUGGCGAGCUACAGGCGGUCAUCGCUGCCACGGGAAUUACGGCCUGGAGGACGGCGGCGGCGUCGGCUGUGGCGACGAAGUACCUCCAUAAUGAGAAUAAUAAGAUUUUGGCGAUUAUUGGCGCUGGGGCGCAGGGUAGAAUUCAUGCAAUUUGCUUGAGUUACUUCUUCAAAUUUAAAGAGGUACGUGUGUGGAAUAGGAAUCGCGAACGUGCAGUGAGAUUAGUUACUGAAUUAAGUAAUGAUAGCAAAUGGAAGUGUAGCUUUAAAGCUUGCGAAACUGUUCAGAGCUGCUUAUCGGACGCCGAUGUUGUAGUAACAACGACUGGUACAGAUGUUUCCAUUGUAAAGCUGGAUUGGCUAAAGCCAAGUGCCCAUAUUAAUGCCGUAGGUGUUGGCCUGGAUUGUCGAGAGAUUGAUGACGAGGUUUACAAGGCAGCAAACGUUUACAUUGAUCACUGGGAUGGAGCCAAGGAAGAACUUAAACAUUUGAUCGACAUUGGUAUACAAUUUAAGGGCCAAAUUGGGGAUCUCAUACGUGGAUCAAUUAAACCACCGCCAAAAAACUCGCUCACCAUUUUUCAGAGUCUCGGUAUGGCCGUGGAAGAUUGCGCCGUGGCUCGCAUGAUUUAUGACCUACACAUGCAAAAUAAGUAAUUGGUUAAAAUUGUUGUAAAAUACAUUAAAAUCAACACGUUUUUUUUAAAUCU